GCUUUCUCUUUGAGCUGAUUUGAGCCGCAUUGCGCUUAUGGUGCACGAACUAGAGUACAAAGACGCUUGCAACUAUCUCCCAAUCUACUUUGGGUGGUUUCUAAGAUCUAAAGAGAUGGAGCACCGCAACCUCCAGCACGAGCACGUGGGGCCUGGUGGUGCAUGUGCGUGCUCAUCGCAUGCCCCCUCAGGCGUGGAGCAGGGGCUGGAGGAGCUGAACUUUCAGCGGAGCUUAUCUGGAGCGGCCCUCAGCGGUGAUCUUAACAAAGUACGGCGGAUACUGGACAGGACACCUCUUCAAGGUGGUCAGGAUGAUGACCAAGGCGGCUAUACGCCACUGCACUACGCUGCCAGGAACGGGCACCAGGACAUCUGCCGGCUUCUCCUUGAGAGGGGGGCCGUCGUAGACGCCAGGACACCGGCCGGGCGGGCGACGCCUUUGCACAGAGCCGCAUAUGGGGGCCACGUGGACAUCGUGAAGCUGCUGCUGAGGCACGGGGCUGACCCCCGGGCGAAAGAUGCUGAUGGCCAAACCCCUCAUGACAAAGCAGUCGGGUCGGAGGCAGCUGUCAUUGUAAAACCAGUUAGGAAGGCAUCCGGAGGCGGCCUCCUUGCUCGUGGUGUCGUCUUCUUCCUGAUAGAGCCCCAUCCGGAAAAGGUAGGGAGGGCAAGGUGGUCAAGAACGGUUGCCGAGCAUCGUUUUCGGGAACGGACCACCGCGGCUUUCGAAAGCUGCGAGGACCAAACCCUACAAAAGUGA